AUGCGAAAAGCAAUGGCCAAUUCGAUUGUAGGUGAUGAUGUUUAUAAAGAGGAUCAAACAACAAUCAAUCUCGAAAAUCGAUGCGCAAAACUUUUCGGAAAAGAAGCUGGCCUUUUUGUAGUUUCCGGAACUAUGGGAAAUUUAUUAGCUGUAAUGGCACAUUGUCAAAGAGGUGAUGAAAUUAUUGUUGGAAAACAUAAUCAUAUUCAUCGAUGGGAACAAGGAAAUUAUGCGCAAAUUGGAGGUUGGAAAUUUUUUUUGUAAAUUAUUUUCAAAUUUAUUUUUAAAAAAUUAUUCAGGUAUCAGUGCAACAACUUUGAACUGCAACGAUGAUGGAACAAUGAAUUUAGCUGAAAUUGAGGAGGCGAUUAGAGUAAAGGCGGGUUAUAGUGAUAAAGAUUAUAAAAUUCAAGAAGAAGAUUCAGAUAUUGUUCACAUUCCAGUAAGAAAAAAUAUAUAUAUUUUAUUACAGGGUAUUAGAAAUAUGAAAGAUUUAGAAAUAUGAAAUUUUUUAUGAAAAAAGUGUUGGUAUGGAUUCGUAAGUUGGAAAAAAUGAAAAUUUUCGCAAAAUUUUCCAUACCAAAAUAAUCUUUAUUUUUUCAGGAUUGUCAUAUGCCAGCAACUCGUUUGAUUUGUAUUGAGAAUACUCAUAAUUUUACGGGUGGAAAAGCAUUGCCAGUUGAAUGGAUGAGGUAACAUUUUAUAGAAAAAUCUGGGAAAUUUUUGAGGAAAUCACCAAAAAAAUCCAGCAUAGUCAGAUUUUUUAGAAAAAUUCUAAAUCGGACCAACUUUUUAAAGUCAUAUUCCAAUCACACGCCAAUGUUCCAAUUUUUUAAGGUCCGAUUUCUUUUUCAAAAAAAUGUGGCAAUUUUCAAAAUCGGGACCUCGACAAAUCAAGUACAUCCAACAAAACUUUUUUUUCCAGCUCCGUACAAAAACUUGCUCAAAAACACAAUUUGAAAGUUCAUAUGGAUGGAGCCCGAAUCUACAAUGCUGCAAUUGCUUCAAAAACUCUCAGUCGCUGAAAUCUCAUCAUACGCGGAUACUGUUCAAAUGUGUUUUUCAAAAGGACUUGGUGCUCCAAUCGGCUCAAUUAUCGUCGGACCUUUGGAAUUCAUUGAUAAAGCUCGUCAUAUUCGAAAAGCUAUUGGUGGAGGCUGGCGGCAAAGUGGUGUUUUAGCAGCUGCUGCUCAUGUAGCUUUGGAUAAUGCGGAAGUUACGAUAACUAGGGAUAAUCAACGGGCUGUGAAGUUGGCCAAAAUGAUUAAUGAUGUAACACCGAGCGACAAAAGAUCGGUGAGAUUAUUAGUUUUUUUUCUGAAAAAAAAUUUGGCAUUUUCGUUUUCUCACGAGCUCAAUUUUGGGGCUUCAAUGCACAUUGUGCAUUUUGUAGUUUAUAUGAGAUUUUCAGAGAAUAUUUGCGCAAGACAAGGAUAUAACAAACAUGGUUUUGGUGCAUUGCGACAAUGUUCAGAAAUUCACCGCAUUUUUCCAAGAACGAGAUGUUUUGGUGAUGGCAUUUGAUACAAAACGCAUUCGAAUGGUUUUGAAUUGGGGAGUUAAUGAUGAACAUUUGGAGAAAAUUGUGAAAGUUUAUCAGGAAUAUGUUGAACAAAUGUGA